AUGUCGGGCAAGACAACCAAGACCCUGGCGCACGAGAAGCGCAAGGGGGAGUCAGCUCUGAGCGACUUUGCCGAGUACGUCGAGCAGCAACAGAAUUUCCGCUUCCCGGCCUCGAGAAGAACCCGCCCCGGCCCUGCUCCCAGCUCUGGAUCCGCGGACCAUCACCACGAGGAGCUGGACGAGCUCUUUGACAACCUAGACCUUGACGACACGGCCCCGAGGAUACCGCUGAGGGACCUGCUUCUCGGGUCCGAUGACGACUCCCUCCAGAGGCUUAGGGAUGUCGUCGCGGAGCGCAUCGCCGAGGGCAUGGGCGAGACCGUCUUCGAGCUGGGCUUUGAGAAUAACGGCGACUCCAUGCAGCUUACUCGGGAGCAGUGGGACUCUGCGUACAAGAGAUUGGUCGGCGCAGCAAAGGGCGUUCGUGCUGACUGCGAGCUCCUGCUGACCAAGAACGUCGGGGGCAAAGUCGAGGCGGCCAGCACCGCCGGUCAGGCUGCCAAGGAUAACACUUGCAGCGGCAAGGUACUCAUCCGGCGAGUGCCGCCCAAGGCUGAGGACGUGAUUGAGACGAGGAUAGCAGUUGUUGGAAACGUCGACGCCGGCAAGAGCUCCAUGCUUGGCGUUCUGGUUAAGGGCGACCUGGACGAUGGACGGGGCAAGGCGCGGGUGAACCUCUUUCGCCAUAAGCACGAGAUGGAGACUGGGCGGACCAGCUCCGUCGGCAUGGAGAUUAUGGGCUUUGACAGCGUGGGCAAAGUCAUUGCCUCGGACACGCCCGGACGCAAGCUCUCGUGGGAGGAGAUUGGGAAGCGAAGCGCAAAGGUCAUCACGUUUUCCGACUUGGCCGGCCACGAAAAGUACCUGCGGACGACAGUCUUUGGGCUGCUCUCGAGCAGCCCCAACUACUGCCUGCUCAUGGUCGCGGCCAACAACGGCCUGGUGGGCAUGAGCAAGGAGCACCUGGGCAUCGCGCUGGCCCUCAACGUGCCCGUCAUGGUGGUCGUGACCAAGAUUGACAUUUGCCCGCCCAACAUCCUCGAGGAGACGAUUGCGCAAAUCACAAAGAUCAUGCGCAGCCCCGGCGCCCGCAAGGUGCCCACCUUCAUCAAGAACCGCGAGGAGUGCAUCAACACGGCGACGCAGUUUGUCAGCCACCGCAUAUGCCCCGUCUUCCAGGUCUCGAACGUGACGGGCGAGAACCUCGACCUGGUGCGCACCUUUCUCAACAUCCUCCCCCACCACGGCCGCUACAACACGGACGCGCCCUUUGAGUUCCACGUCAACGACACCUUUUCGGUGCCCUUUACCGGCACCGUCGUCUCGGGUAUCGUCAAGUCGGGCGUCGCGCACGAGGGCGACAACGUCCUCGUCGGACCCGACUCGCUCGGCCAGUUCACCGCCACGGCGAUCCGCUCCAUCGAGCGCAAAAGGAUCCGCGUGCCGGCCGCGUCGGCGGGGCAGUCGGCCUCGUUUGCGCUGAAAAAGGUGCGGCGCCGCGACGUGAGGAAAGGCAUGGUCGUCCUCCCCAAGAUGGAGGGCCAGCCCGCUCCCCGCGUGCACCGCGAGUUCAUCGCAGAAGUCCUCAUCCUCUCCCAUGCUACAACCAUAAAGACAAAGUACCAGGCCAUGCUGCACGUCGGCCCCGUCUCACAGACGUGCGCCAUCAUCGACAUUGACCGCGAGCUCAUCCGCACCGGCGACCGCGCCACCGUCGCCUUCCGCUUCGUCCAGCGGCCCGAGUACCUCGCCCCCGGCGACCGCCUGCUCUUCCGCGAGGGCCGCACAAAGGGCCUCGGCAUUGUCAAGUCGGUCGGCUACGACCCCCAGCACCCGCUCACGCCCGCCGCCGCCGCCGCCGCUGCCAAUGGCGAGGGCCGCGGGGCCGCGGGGGGAUCGCAGGGGGGCGGCGUUUAG